AUGACAAAUGCUUCACACUGUGCUGCACAUUUCGUCACCAAUCCUAGAGUCAACUCAACUGAUCAUCAGUUACUUGUUGGCCUUACUUUUGGAGCGAAAGACCUGCUCAAGACGAUCAGAGUAUUGCGGAGAGCUAAAAUGAAUAUCUGA